AUGACCACCCACGAUAGCACCUCCACCCCGGCGGGCGACAUGCACAGGGCUGGGGCCGACGCGCACGCUGGGCCCCGGGACCUCGGGUCUUCGGGCCUUCCUCCGGCCGGGGAUCGGCCCUCGCCGCCGGGACUCGAAGAGGACCGCAGCCCGCCGACAUCCAGCAGCGGCCGGAAGCGCUCCUCCGGGGCCUCCUCCUCUUCCGCCUCUUCAAGUGGCUCGUCGUCCUCCUCCUCCUCCUCUUCCUCUUCCUCGCGAAGCCGCAAGGGCGAUUCCUCGUCAUCACGCCAACGGCGGACUUCCAGCCGCGGGUCUUCCUCGCAGGCCGCCGGUCCGAUGAUGGGCUACGGGCACAUGCAUCCGAUGUACUUGCCGAUGAUGUCCAUGUCCGGUGGGGUGUACCCGGCGGCAGCCAUGGCUCCCACGGACCUAACCGGAGCCGAGCAUCAUGCCCCAGGGGCGGACAGCGCGGCGGCCAGUCCUCCCGAUGGGGGCAGCGGCCAUGCCGAGCCGUCGGAUGCCGCCCCCUCUCCGGCUUCCGGUCGGAAGAGCUCCUCCACAUCCGCCGACACCGUGCAGCCUGAUCCCAACCAUCCCGGUGGCUACUAUCUGGUCUCGCCCCAUGCGCAAUACUAUCAGCCCAUCCACCCGAUGCAGAUGCAGAUGUACCACCACUACUACUCCACCAUGCAUCAGCAGCAGCAGCAGAUGAUGCAGCAACAGCUGGCCGGCGCCUCGGUCUCUUCAUCCUCCUCCGGCCGGAGCUCUCGGCGCUCAGGCCGGUCGAAGUCCGGGUCCUCCACCGACGGGUCCUCCUCGUCUGGCGGGUCGCGCUCGCGCUCCACUCGAUCGCGCCACCGGGCGGAUGGCGCGGCAGACCCCUCGGGGGGCACCCAGUCCCCCCGUUCGCCUGGCGCCGGUGGCCCCGGCGCCGGUGGCAGCAGCACCAUGGACUCGACCGGGCUCACGCCUGGCCUCUCGGCUACCGAGAUCUUCCCCCACUCGCCGAUCGACCUGCCGACCCACUUCUCCUCCUCCAGUCCCAGCGGCCCGGCCACCACCACCGAGCAUGCCGAGCAUGCCGAGCAUGCCGCCAUGUCCGAGGAGCUGGACGAUCCGGACAGCCCCACGGUGGCCGCUGCCCCUGGGCCCGGUGUGGAUGUGGUCAUCGCCUCUUCCCCCGGUGCACUUGCCCCGGAGGCUGACUCACCGAUGGACUGCACCUCCCCGGGGCGCGGUUCGUCACAGGCAUCGACCCCGGCUCCGGUGGUAGUCGCCUCGAGUGCUCGGCCGGGGCCCGGCGCAAGGCCGCCGGCUCAGGCCGAGUCACCCACUCCCCGAUCCCGGGAGAAGGGAUUUUCCUCCUCCUCCAUCAAGCAUCUGGCCUCCUCCCUGGCCUCCUCCAUCACCAAUGCCUUCCCGGCCCCGGGCGGCCAUGGGGCCGCCUCGGGAGCCGGACACGAGGCCCCGGCGGCCAGCCAGGAUCCCGGCGGGGCCAAUGAGAGCUGGCGGUCGCCGAGUGCCCCGGGCCCCGGUGGCUCCGGUCUUCCGACCACGCGCCCGGGCCGCUCGGGCUCGGUCUCCUCGGCCUCUUCCAGCGCAUCGGUUUCGUCCACCUCCUCCGGAUCGUCGUCCACCAGCGCCGCCGCGGCUGAUCCCGGUCACCAGCAUCAUGCCCAUGCCGGUGGCACCGGCGCCGCUGGCGGUCCCAGUGGCAAGAGUGAUUUCUCCAUCUCCAGCAUCUUCCCGAGCUUGAUGCCAGGUCGGUCGGGCGACUCGGGCACCAGCGCGCUGGCCCCUUCCUCGGAGCGAUCCUUCUCGGCCACGUCCAUCCUGGCGCCCUUCACCACGGCGGUGUCGACCCCGCGCAAGCACCUGUCCAUCUUCUACUCGCGUCGGUCGAAUGCCCCGGCCACCAGCGCUUCGGUCGACUCUUCAUCGUGCAUGUCCCCUGGUGAGGAGCAGCCCCCGUCGGUUGCAUCGCCCGACCCGAGCUCCAGGUCGCAUGAUACCGCCUCCAUGGUCGGGCCCUUCCCCACCGGGGAGAUGCCUUCUCUGGUUGCCGACGGGCAUUCGGGCCCCUCGGCGGACUCCUUCGAAGAGACGGGGACCAUUGGCGGCUCCUUUGCCCCGGGGCCGUCGGCGGCAGCGGUUGCCCUGGCCGCGGCCAGUGCCCCAAACUCGCGGUCCUCCUCACCGCGGCCGAACUUCCCCCGGUAUUCGGGGUCCCUGCGGCGGAAUUCCUCCUCGCGCACUACUGCCACCGGCGGCGGCGGCAUCACCCGCUCGGACUCCAACUCCUCGCUCGGGAGCAUGGCCAACGGGCGCUUCCCUGCGUCCACUGGUUCGGAGCACAUGCGCAAGUCGGCCUCGGUGCAGUCCUUCACCACGGGAUCCCUGCCGCAUGAAGCUGCUUCGGCCAGCUACUCCGGGCACCAUCCGCACCCGCAUCCGCACCCGCAUCAGCACAUGCAUCAGCACAUGCAUCCGCAGCAGCAUCCGCAGCAGCAGCAUCAGCAUCCCCACUACCAGCAGCAUCCGCAGCAGCAUCAGCAUCCGCAGCAGCACCAUCAUGCGCGUGGGCCCGGGCUGCCCUCCUCGCCGCGGCACUCAGGGCUCGGGGCCCCGGCGGAUGCCUAUGCUGGCACCCCGAGCGGCGCAGGCGGCUACGGCGUGCCGUCGGGUCUCGGGCCACAUGAUGCCGGGGCUCCGGUUUUCCUGGAUCUGCGCCCCUCGUCGCAGCCCGGGGGCUUUGGCGGGGAUUUCGGCCCCUCCGGGCCGGGCACGCCGCAAUUUGACUCGGGCCUCGGAUUCGGGGCGUCGGCUCGGUCGUCCUUCGAUGGCCCGGGGCUGACCGAGUCGGCCUCCGCCUCGUCCCUGGCCUCGCCGACAUAUGGCCCGGGUGGGGGGAUGUUCGCUCCGGCCGGUGGUGGGCCCACCUCCGGGCAAGGUAUGGCGACCACGGCCACGGCCCUGGGUGGCCUGGGUGGCGGCACCCCGGUCGACCGGGCAUACCACUCGGCCGCCUCGUCGGGCCUGGCCUCGCCGGUGUUCUGCCCUUCGUCGCCGAUUGCCGGGCGCUUUGCCGGGUCCCGACGCCGGUCAAGUGUCAGCUCCAUCGCUUCCAUCUCCUCGGUGGGGUCGGUUUCGUCCUUGUCAUCGGUCGCCUCGGCCCCGGCGGCCACCGGCCACGGCGGCGGCGGCGGCGGCGGCGGCGGCGGCGGCGGCGGCGGCUCCGGUGCCGGUCACUACUUGGUGUCGUCCAGUUCGUCUUCCAACAUUUGCAGUCAAGCCGGCGUGGCCAAGAGCCGGCAUAGCAGCGCCGCCUACUUUGGCACCUCCUCCUCGACGCCAUCCAGUGCGCGCACCAGUAUCGACAUUCCCUUUGAGAUGGUGGCCGCGGCGGCGGCGUCCUCCUCGGCGGCUGCGGCGGCUGCGGCGGCGGCUGCGGCGGCGGGGGCGGCGACGGGAGCCCCCGCCCCCGCCGCCGGGGGCUACUCGACACAUGCGCCGCACCUGUCGGCCUCGAGUCAGAGCACGGGCCAGAGGCGCCCGCACGCGGGCCCCGUGUCGAGCGCUCCCAAUUGGUUCCAGCGUGGUGUCAACACCCUUAGUGCUGGCUUUAGCCCGGGGUUCCUGUCGCAUUCCGGUGGCCCGGCCAAUGACGCCUCGGCCUCGGGUGCCAUGCCUCCCGGUGGUGGUGUAGGCCGGUACCCGGCCGGGCAUUCGCACGGUCCUCCGGGAUCUACCAACCCCCCUGGGCCGCACGCCUCCGGCCCCAGCGAGCAGUCCUCUGCGCCGACGCAAUUCCUGCGCUCCAUCUUCGGCCUGAUUGGCUCGGAUGCCGGGCAGGGUGGCAUGCACGCGCCGGCCGGUCAUCACCCGGCCGGAGGCGCCGGGGCUGGCAUGCCGCCGGGACAUGGGACCGGGCCCGGCACCGAGCACCAUCCCCCUGGGCGGCCCUCGCGCAGCAUCAUCAUCGACAAGAUCCAGGAGUAUAGCCGGCGGAUUUCCGUGCAUACCAGCCGCCUGGGCGCCCAGCUGAAUGAGGGCCCCUGGAGCCAUAGCAGCCGGCGGGGGUCUGGAUUGGGGCAGAACGGCACCGAGGACCAUCCGCCUUCGACGCACGGGGGCCCCUCCUUCGAGCGGGCGCACGCGGCCUUCAGCGAAAUCCGCCAGCGUUUGACAACCCUGCUUCAGCCGGUCAUCGACUUUGGUUCCGAUGAUGAGCCGCCCUCGGUCGACCGGUUGUCCCUCCUGUCGGAGGAUGAGCUGAACCACCUGUAUGAUCAGCUGUCGUUGCUGGAUUACCCGGCCGUGGAGUCGGACCGGGCUGGCGGAAGCGGUGGCCGUGCGUCGGCCCCGGGCAAGGGGACCGUCUCCUUCGGUCCCCCCUCGGCUCCGGUCCCCAUCCCGGCGACGCACGGUGGCCCUGCUGGCGGCUACUCUACAGCGGCCACGUCCGGGAUGGGUCUUCCGCCGGGGCACCCGGCACAUGUCCCGGAUCCACGGCAGCCAUACCACCAUGGGCCGGUGAGUGUGCCGCCACACAAGGGUGUCCCGCCGCAGUCCGAGUACCACCACCAGCAUCAGCAGCAUCAGCAGCAUCAGCAUCAGCAUCAGCACCAGCACCAGCAGCAACAACAGCAGCAACACCAGCAGCAACAGCAGCAGCAUCAGCAACAGCAGCAUCCCUCUUCGAGCCAGGGCCCACCUCAGUACCCGGUGUCUGGGCUGACUGCCGUAUCGGCCCCGGAGCACUUCUCCCCGGCCGAGUACCACAACCCGUGGGGGUCCUUUGGUGCGACUUCAAGCGGGGAUGUGGCGCCGGGUCGCACGUCGGGCAGCCACCCAGGCGGUUUCGCGGGUCCGUCCUCGGACCCGAGCCUGGUCCCCGGCCCUCCGAUCGAAACCUGGCCCACGGCCGGGGACCCGGCUUACUAUGUGGUCCCGCCGGGCGACCCAUCAGCCGCGGGCCUGGCUCCCCCGCCCUCGGUUGAGCUCUCGCUGGAUCCCUCACACCAGCGCCACCAUCCCUUCCCGGACCCGGCACGUGCUGUCCUCUUCGACCCGACGCACCCGGACCCCGGAGCCGGGUAUGCGGUGGGUGGCCCUGGCAUGGCGGACUUCGCGGGCAGCAUGCUGGAGCCGUCCAUCUCGCCGAGCUUCUCCGGCGGCGUUGGCCCGCCGCAGCUCCACUCCUCCCCCUCGCAGGGGAGCGGCUAUGGGUCUUUCAUCCAGCCGAUGGCCCUGGACAGCGACUUCCAGUAUGAUGCCUUUACCUUUGAGCCGUUCCCCGUGGCCGGCCCCGGUGGUGGGCCUGAUCCUGGCCCUGGUGGCGGGGGCGGCGGCGGCGGCACCGGUGACAGCCGUGUUGAUGAUGGGCUGGUUGGCGGGGACUUUGGGCCGACAGGCCCGGGGGAUCCGCGACAUCUGCUCCCGCCGCCGCCGCCGCCGCCGCCGCCACCGCCGCCGCCGCUGCCGCCCUUCCCCUCCGAGGGGAAUCGCGGUCACCUUGGCCCGGCGGCAUCCACAGGCGGCGGGCACUUUCUUGACUCGGCUCCCGCGCCACCUGCUCCCCCCGAAUGCCCCACUGCUCGUAUUGUUCCCGGGUCCCGGAAGCGCUUUGUCCCGGCCUACUUUGUCCGGCGCCUGCCCGAGGGGAUGGCCCUCCGGCCGGCUGGCUGGGCUCUGGUCCUGGCGCCCGAGGGUGCCGAUGGCCCGGCCCCGGCCCCGGCCCCGGCCCCGGCCCCGGCCUCGACAUCGGUAUCUCCCCCGCCGGUGGCCGGGUGCGUAAACCCGGCCCUCCUGUCCUCCGGUGGGUCUUCCCACACGUCCGGGUCUUCCUCGCCCCCGGAGGGUCUCUGUGCUGGGGAUGUGCUCUCCUCGUCACCGGAAUCGACCGGGCAUCGAGCUGGCAUGUCGCCCGAGCCGCUGCUGGCCGACCGGGCCCGGCAGCUCUUGCCCCUGUCGUCAUCGUCGACCAGCGGCGCCGGGAUCACUCCUCCGGAGGAGGAUCCGCUGUUGCCCCUGCUGGCACCGGCGCUAUUGUCCGAUGCCGGCGAGGGAUUCUGCUCGUUCGAUGGGGAGUCGCCCUCGGGGGCUGGGUCCUCGUCGUCCUUCGGCGAGGAGAUGUCUUCGCCCCGGUCGCCGGACGCCGACACCGGGUACAUCCUCUCGCGCCGGAAUGGCCGGGGCAUGUCGGACCCGCUCGCCGGCCGGCCGGCCUCCCCCUCGCCGACGUCCUCCCUGGAUGCCGACGACAGUGGGGCCUCGUCGGCGUCUGUCACCGGGCACCACCGGCCGUCGGACCACCUGGACCAUCUGGACCUGGACUCGCAUGGGGGUCCGAUGGACUUGGACUCGGAGUUGGCGCACUUCUCCCCCCGGCUGUCCUAUCUCCAGGAUUCCGGGCGCUUUUCGAUUUUGGUCUUCUCGCUCUUCCUUUUCUUCGCCUCGCCGUGGCACUUGCCGGUCUCCCCGCCGGCCACGUCCGGCUCGAGCCCGGAGGUGCCGAAUGCCACCCUGGCUCCGGGGGCCCUGGUCCCGGGCACCGUGGUCCCGGUGUGGCUUGCCACCCCGGGGUCGGCCCGGGUCUCGCCGCAUGGGUAUCCCUUCUCGUUGGAGGGCAGCUCCGAUGGCGAGUCCUCGGCCCCGGGGCCCGGGGCCGGCGCCAUGCCGGUGUGGCACCCGGCCGCGGUCCGGGACUCCCUGGCGGCCGGGCUGCCCCUGCCGUCCUUCUCGUCGGCGUUUGAUGCCGGGUCCUGGGCUCCCCCGGGUGCCGGGGGAUUGUUGGUGUCGCUCGACCGAGCCCGGCUUGGCAUGCGGGCUCUCCUGCAGACGGGUCUCCUGGAUGAGGAUCCCGAUGAUGGCCAUGCUGGCGGCGACAUGGGGGCCAGCCCGGUGCAGGUGGCCGGUCGGCUGGCCAUCGAGGCCGCAUGGUUCGCCGGCCGGAUGGCCAUGCGCCCGGCGGUGCUCCUGUCGCGGGCCUUUGGCCAGCUGGAUGGGGCCCUGUAUUCGGUGGCGUCAUUGGCGUUGGUCCGGCUGGGCCGUGUGGUAGCCCUGCCGGGGCCGCUGCUUCCGCCGCUGGAUCGCCUGCUGGCGGCGGUGCUCCUGACGCCGGGCUGGGCGCGCUUCGCUUUCCACCUGCUGGUGCGCUGGGUCAUGGUCAUUGCCCUGAUGCUGGUGUCGCUCUCCUUCGAGACCUUCCUCUGGAAGGGGUCCAUCCGCCGGCGGUUGCCGCUGGUUCGGCAGCUAAAUUCCGAAACCGAGCGCCUGGUGGCCUCGGGCCAGUACUCGGAAGCCAACCGACGCGUGGACAUGGCCCUGCUGCUGAUGCAACGGCCGGUGCCCACGCGCGGCAUGCAGCUUUUCAUGGCCAACUUCCGGGAGGUUUGCCGGCAGCUGGCGCAUCGAUUUGGUCUGGGGGCCUUUUCUCACCGGGUCCUGAUGCAGGAUGACAUCGAGUACUUCACCGAGCUGACUCGGGCGUAUGUGAACAAGAACAUGUGGGCCAGCUUCUAUGUGUGCGUGACGGCCACCAACUUCGCGGAGAUCGCCGGGCCCCAUUCCGCCGAGCUGCUCAUCCGCGCCUAUGCCACCUUGAGCUACCAUGUGACGGUCCACUCGCGGACCUUCAGCAUGGUCGGGUCCAUGUACCAGUGGCUGUCGCAGCGCAUCAUCCAGCGCCUGGGAGCCACGGGCGGCGCGGACAUCGGGCAUUUCUACAUCGUCACCAGCUACCGGAGUCUGGUGGACGGGGAUCUGCCCCGGGUGUUUGAGCAGCUGGCUCGCGGCGAGGCCGUGUACCGGCAUCAGGGCAAGGGCCAGCUGGUGCGCGAUUGCCUGAUGUUCCGCGGGUGGAUCCAGUAUGUGACCGGCGACCCGGCGGCCUCGGUGCGGACAUUCGGCCGGCUGCUGUUGAAUGCCGGCGAUGAGGCCGACCCCUAUGGCCAGCACUGGGCGCUGGUGGGCCUGACAGCCACCAGCCUCUGGGUGGGCGCCUUCGAGGAGGCGCGCGCGCAUUUGGCCGAGGCGGCCCGGCUCCGAGCCAUCACGGUCAAUCGCCAUCUGGAGACCUUUGAGUUGGGCUUCGAGGGGCUGAUUCGCCUUCGGGCGGACCGCUUCGCCGAGGGUGCCCACGCGGUGGCCGCUCGCUGUCUGGACAUGCUGGAGGACACCAUCCCGGCCGGCGUGCCGCAUGGCAUCCUCCCGCUGAUCGCCGUGGCCGAGGUCUUUGUCUACCUGUUGCAGGGCCACCUGCAGGGCGGUGCUGCUCGUCGGCAGCGUCGGGCGUCGGCCGCCGCCGCCUCGACUGGCGGCGGUGGCACCGGCGGCUCCGGCACCUCCGCUACCCGGGCCUGGUUGCCUUCCUGCUGCCUGGCCCAUGCGCCUGGCGACCGGCCGGUCGGGCGCGGGCGCCGUGCGACUGCGGCGCGGCGCUCUGCAGCAGCAGCAGCUGCUGCCGCCGCCGCCGCCGCCGCCGCCGCCGCGCGCCCCGGCGGGUCCUCUUCCUCUCGGGCUUCGCCGGCCGCCUCACCGCCCGGAUCCCCGGCACCCCUGUCGCCUUUGGCCGCCUCGCCACCCGGGUCACCGCUUCUGGGGAAGCUGAGCUUCCCUCUGCCAGCCGGCGGGGCCGGCCUCCCUGGCACCAGCGACAAGGAGGCUGCCUCGCUGCUGCAGGGCCUGGCCACCGAGGCCGAACUCAUCGAGUCGGUCUUCCGCCAGCUGACCACCCCCUUGAGCCUCCUCUCCCAGAGCAGCCCCAUCUCGCGGCUGUUCCUGGGCGACCAGGCGGCCACGCCCCCCCUGCCGGGCCCCCCCACCAAGGAGCCCAGCCCCGAUGGCGGUGCCUCGCCCGGGCAAGCCGACAGUGGCCCGGGUCUGUACCAGCAUCUGGCCGCGCGCAUGGCCGAGCUGGACACCAUCACCGGGUCGGUCCGGCGGCUGCCCGGGCGCGGCGGCGCCCCGGGGUCAGCUCGGCUCCUCCAUCCGCAAAUGAAUAACCCCUCCUUCCGGGCAACGGCGGACUAUCUGCUGGCGCAGCUCCGCCGGUGCAUGCAGCUCUUCGCCACUUCGACCGGGUUCUUCCCCCUGUUGGCGGGCUUCGCGGCCAUCCUCGAGGCACGGUACACCCAUUUGUCCGGGGUGGCCUUCGCCACCACCCCGCGUCACCUGGCCGAGGCCCAUGCCACGGCCGAAGACCUGCUUGAGCGCUUGCACGCGUCGAUGCCGGCUCCGGCCGAGGCCCGGGCCCCGGCCGAGGCCGAUGCCGCCGGGCCGGAGGCCUCCUCCUCCCCCCUGGCGGACGAGGCGGCCUCGCAGCACCCCAUCUGCCCGCUUUGCCAUGAGGCCCUGCCCCUGUCGCUGGGGUCUCGUGCUGGUGGUGGUCGAUCGGCCGCGGGCGCGGUGUCCGUCUCUCGGCGGUGUGAUUGCAUGCCGUCCGAGAGUCUACCCGCCCCGCGCGCCGGUCAGGCCCCGGUGCUCCCCCUGGUCCGGGGGUAUGUCAGCCUGGAGCUGGCCUUGCUGAAGAUCCGCGACCCGGCCAUGCGCAAGCAGCUGCUGAAAUCGGCCCACCAAGACUUCCACUCCAUCGGCGCCACCUUCGAGGAGGAGAUGGUCGCCCGUGAGCUUGUGGAGCCUGGGGCUUCGAUCUCCAUCUUCCAAGGGGAGAGUAUGCGUUUCAACCACUUCCAUGUCUAGACCAGGGCGCUUUUCCUCUGCUCCCGUUGGGCACACGACUUCCCCUCCCCCCUCCCCCUCCUCGCCCUUUUGUACAUUAGAUUAUUCCCUCCCUCGCUUCAUAUAUGCCCCGGCUUGUCGUGUG